AUGCCAACCCUAUUGUUGGAUGUUGUGAUUCUCACAAUGUCUAUUUUGCGACAUCUACCCAUUCUUGUGUUCAAUGCCCAGAAGGAAUUCGAACAGAAGGAUGCUGCCAUUACUUCAAUAUACUUCGAUAAUGAAGAUCUUGAACUUUACCUUGGUCGACUAGAGAAGACAGAGGGUGCCAAAGCUAUUCAUCUCUGGUGGUAUGGCGACACAGACGUGAAAACCAUCAGUAUUUUCGUAGAGUGCAAGACACACGGAGAAGACUGGACAGGUGAAAAGUCUGUCAAGGUGCGUUUCCCGAUCAAAGAACAUCUUGUGAACACUUUUCUACGCAGAGAAUACACCAUGGACGCGGAGCUUCAGGCUCUAGUUGACAAAGGCAAGAAGACACAAGCUGAAGUCAAUUCUAUGAUUCAGCUUGCAAGCGAGGUCCAGUAUUGUAUUCUUACAAAGCAGCUUCAGCCGGUCAUGAGGAUGUUUUACAACCGAACUGCAUUCCAGCUCCCCGGGGAUCCCCGUGUAUGGAUAUCGCUUGAUACGGAACUUACUAUGGUUUGUGAAGACAACUGGGACAGACAAGCGCAUGCUGGCGAUAACUGGUGGCGAACCGACAUUGGCAUCGACCAUCCUUUUGACCAGUUGCCAACGGCGGAUAAGGAGCUUUUCAAGUAUGGCAUUUUGGAAGUCAAGCUUCAGACUCAGUUUGGACAAGAGCCUCUGAAAUGGGUUACUGAUCUCGUCCAGUCCUACCUUGUCGAAGCUGUUCCCAAGUUCAGCAAAUUUAUCCAUGGCUGCGCUACCCUACUGCCUAAUCGCGUAGAUCUCGUGCUGUUCUGGCUGCCCCAAAGUAAGCUGAAGAGUCUGCUUCUAUUGUGUCACUUUCUUACCUGA